AUGACGACUCGCCGAAAUCCCCCGAAGGCUUUAAAGGGUAUGAAGUUUUGGCUAUCGGAGAGCGCAAGAGGGGUUGAAGGACUCGAGAUUAAAAUUCACCAUCAUGGAGGCAAAAUCUAUAAGAACUUACAAGAGGAAAUCUACGUUGUUUGCUUACCAGACGAACGACAAGAAUUGUGGAGAUUCCCAGACGGAAAGAAGAGUAGCCCGGUUCGGAGAGCUUAUCAAACUGGCAAAACAUUUGUAGAGACUACCUCUUUCAAUUCUUUAACUAACGGCAUCGAAUCAUGGAAACCUACUGAGUUCAUCCCGCCGGUAUCUUCAAAAAAGACUGAACGAAAUAAUUCAGUUUCUGUGGAAAGCAAAUCACCCUUGACCCUCGACACUAUAUCCGUCUCAGAUACAUCUACGCCGAAAGAAAAUGAAGAAAGCCGUACUGAAAGGUCUACAACGCCGAACAUUUCAAAAGUACUUCCGCCAACGGAAACAGCUGUUGAAGAGCGGGCUUCACUUUCCAAUUCAACUGUAGAGGGCUUGGAAGAUGUCCAAGAAAGGCUGCAAGACAUAAGGGCGGUCCUUGUCAAUCAGAGCGUCAGAACAGCCGCAGAGAACAGGUCAUGUGUACAGGCCAUCGACUAUAUUAUUAAGGUCAUGAAGAGGAUCGAGGUAGUGCCAGAAUAA